AUGGAUGGAAAUUACGGGAUUCUAUGUAAUAGUAGCAUGGAUACAUAUGGUUAUUUAUACAAUAAUACUUUUGAUCCUGCUUAUCCAACUAUGAAUAUCUUAGCAAUAGAUGAUGAUAGUGGUGGCUAUUACCAAUUUAUGUUCACAAUAGUCCUUCAAACUUUAUCCCAAUACAUAUUGGUUGUAACAACAUUUAAUAAAAAUGUCACAGGUCCAUUUACAAUCACUGCAGUCGGUUUGGCAUCGGUUGAAUUUUCUCGAAUCAAUAUAUCAAGUGGCUCAACAACUACGAUGACUACCUCAACUACAACAUCCAUUGGUUGGACAAAUACUACAACCACAACAGCUAUUGGUAUAAUAAAUACUACGAGAACAACAACAAUCGGUCAGACAAAUAGUAUAACCACAACAACUAUUGGUAUGACAAAUGCUACCAGGACAACAACCAUUGGUAAGAUAAGCAGUAGCAGUAACGAUGAUGUUGCAAUAGAAAUUUAG